UAGGAGGGUUGUCAAGUCACAACAUCGACGGAGGAAGUUCGCUUCUUGGGUUCAAGAAUACACGAUUGUAAUUACCUUUGGGACUGACAGCAAUUACAACUUUUAACCAUAUUUAAUACAAGGUAAUGGAAUGCUUCGUUUCCGAUCACUUAAUAUAUAAAAAAAUACAUAGCUAGCUAAUUAGAUAGCAUUGAACAUAACUAACUGGAGUUUAGUCAAAAUAACGUUAGCGGUUAUUUGAGUUUUUUUUUCCAUUUGAGAGUCAGGAUUGAGUUUGGUUUGGAACGAGUGGAGGCCAUAAAGUGUUUUGGGUUUCUGCGUAGCCUGCUCCUCCGAUUGCUGUAACGGAGACACGUAAAGUCUAAGGACUUGAACUGGAUAGUUUUUUCGGCCAGUUUCAAGUGCUGUGGCAGGCAGAUUUCCAAUAUGGGGUUACCAAGAGUUUGGUGUUUGGAGCUUGCGAACCCGAAACAGAAAACACGUUUGUAACGUUAGCUAGAUAGAGGUCUGAUUUCGCAAGCGAUUGCAUAACUCUCCCUCAAUAAUUUGUCCUAAUUGGUCGUUCCAAAACGGCACGUUAAACGUUUUGGGUGCUGAAGCUUGUACAAAAAUAUCAGCCAACCUAACGUUGCAUUACUGAUGUGAAGACUAACGUAAGGAUAAUUUUCCAGUAAGUUAAAACUGAUAUUAACGUAACUAACGUUAAGCAGACACUGGAAGGUUUUAGUUAUUUUAAACAGUGAUACAGAAAUGCCCUUUUUGGCAGCAUUUCUGACAGUUAACUAGUAGACACUAGCUAUCUACACUGCUCCAUUACAACACGAUAUCCCUCGUUGGUGGCUAUUUCAACGUACCUAACUGGGCUUAAUGUGGCAUGUGCACAAUCCGUUGUUUGCAAGAAACUUAACUUCUUUACUUCACUUUACUUACCGUUUGUAAGAUAAUUUCCAAUACGGAGCCAAUGAUCUCCCCUUGUCGAGGGAGGCUUUAAAAAAACCAAAAACCUCGAAUCAAUUGACCUACUGAUAACUGACAUGUAUUUUGUUUGCCCAAUCAGCUCCCUACAAUGAAGUAUUCCUAAACUAAAACUUCUCUUCUUUUUAAAUUAUUCGUAGCUAUAUAUUUUCAAGCAAGAGAGCAACCGUUUCAAUAUAUAGUUUUAUACUUGAAGUUGUCUUAAAACAGAAGCAAGACAUGGAAGAAGAUACUUUAGACCAUGUUGACCCAGACUUUCAACCUUGGAGCCGACCGAGGUCGUGCACGUGGCCGCUACAUAGGGCCGACAUUUCCGUGGUCGAUCAUGGGGAGGCAGAUAGCGAGAAAUCGACUGCAAGGACUCCACCUAUGGAAAAUAAGAGGGAAUUGUCACAAUUACUGAACAAACGGGAGAAAGCGUGUGCUUCGGGCGGAGCCACACAACGAAAGGGCUCCUCAAGGCGCAAUGCUUGGGGGAAUCAGUCCUAUGCUGACCUGAUCAGUCAGGCCAUUGAAAACUCGCCGGAAAAGCGACUCACCUUGGCCCAAAUUUAUGACUGGAUUGUCAGCACUGUGCCAUACUUCAAAGAUAAAGGAGACAGCAACAGUUCACAUGGAUGGAAGAACUCAAUCCGCCACAACCUUUCCCUACACAAUAAGUUCCAGCGGGUAACCAAUGAGUCGACAAGUAUGAGCUCCUGGUGGAUGCUGAGCCCCGAGGGGUCAAAGAGCACAAAGCUGCCACGCCGACGCGCUGCCUCCAUGGACAACAACAGCAAGCUGCUCAAGAGCCGCAUGCGCGCCAAGCAGAAGAAGAAGCAGGCGGCCGGCUCUACGCCAGUAGAGGGUGCUGUGGACAGCCCCGGUUCCUCGCAGCAGUGCGAGGUGCAGAGGAGCAGCAGCCUGGAAGCCCCCGACGCCUGGACCGGCUUCCGAACCCGCACCGGCUCCAAUGCCAGCACGCUCAGCGGCAGGGUGUCCCCCACCGCUCCGGGACAGGGGGACGACGACCAGCUGCUGGAUGACGAGCGGCUCGGGGGCUACUCGGUGGGUGGCGUGCCUUCCACCCUCUCUGAGGCACUCGUGGAGGAGCUGGACCUUAUCGAUGGAUUGAGGUUGUUGGCUGGACAGAGCACAGGGGUGAGUCCCAGCCCUGCGCCCCAGCCCCUUCCUGAACCACUAUACUCCUCUACAGCCACCCUGCCUCCGCAGGUCACCAGCUUUACAACCUUCCCGUCACUACGGACCCCCACGGUCCCGGACCCACCCUCCUCUCAGACAGAAACAGAGUCUCCGAUCACUCGGCGUGCUGGAUUAAACUCCAGCUUUGGAAAUGGUCUAUUUAGUCCUAUGACAGGCAGCUACUCUCAGGAGACCAACAUCUGGGCUUAUGUGCCUUCUGCCCUUGAAGUGCUGCUCACUUCUGACUCGCCCCCGCCCUGCGAUAUGAUGAUGACUCUCACAGACCCGCUCAUGGCCAACCACGAUGGGGCAGGGCUGCUGGGUCUUGGGUUCCUCAUGGCAGGCGGGUCGAGCGGAACCAGCCAUCUUAUGCUGGAGAAGAAUGUCAAGCCCAACUCGGUCACCGGCGCAACCCUGCAACCACAACCUCUUCCCCAGUCGCGGUUGGGUACGUGGGCACCUGGUCUGUCCCAGGAUGCUGCUUGGCUGACAACCGUGAAGACCCAGUUUACUCCGGGCCCCAGCAGUCAAAGCAGGGAGCCGCUUUUUGGAGACAUGGUAUCUCCAGCAGAUGGGAGCACAUCAAGCAAGGACAGGCUGCCUAUGGAUCUGGACUUGGAUAUGUUCACGGAGAACCUGGACUGGGAUGUGGACUCCAUCAUCAACAGUGACUUCAUGGAUGGAGAAGGCUUCGACUUCAGUUUCGACCCUUUGGUGCCCACUGGCCAGGAGUACCCAGGUCCUACUACCACACAGGCCUCACCCCGCAGCUGCCCAGUUAAACUGGCAUUACCUAUGCAGCUGGAUCCAGAAUCUGUAAGAAUCAUUAAGAUAUCUCAGAAUCAGUAAGAUGCUAAUGCUGAAGCUAAUGACAGUAAAACGGCAGAUGUUAUGCAUGCAUCACUUAACACUGAACUACAACUGAUAAAUUAUACUCUGAAUAGUAUAAUUAUAUAUUAUUUAAAUAUAAUAGAAUAGUAUUAUACUCUGUGCAAGUAUUCUGAGUAUAUUUAGUUCCCUGAAAUUAUUUGGAAUUAAAUAUAGGCUAAUUGAAUGUUGUGCAUGUCCUUUUUUGUAGGAGACAAGCUAUAACUCAAGGACCUGUAGAAUUUUUUAUAUGAAAAAAUAUAUAAAGACCACCCUCCAUAUUUCAAAAUGCAUGGGUUCUAUUCAUACAUACCACAUGCAGUACUAUGUAAGGGCAGAAGGAAGAAUGUAGGAUUAGAUGCCAAAAUUAGUACAUACUAAGAUAUUUAAAUAAGUGAGAAGGCUACAGAAGCAGAAGACAAGUAAAAAAUAAGUGUAAGAAAUACCUAAUAAAAUUCUCACUGAGUGCAUGUACUGCCUUUCUCCCGUUCCCUCAUGCACCUUUUGUUAAAAAUAACAAUGCAGACAGAGUGUUCCCCAAAAAUGUAAGUAGUAGGCCGAAGAGAAAAAGUAGCCGGCCAAAGGGGUUCAGAUGAUGUCCCAUGGCCUUUUUUUCCCCCUGAUGCAAUUUGGAGGCUUCUGGUGCAUUUGAAUGUUAAAUGAAUUGGAGUAUAUUUGAGAGAGACCGGCAAAGGUGUGUGUGCAGAUGCCAGCGACAAGCGAAGGAGAAUAAACUGAGACAUGGCACCAUUGUUUUUUGAAUAAAAAUUAGUUGUUCAAUUUUUUGUAUUAGUCACAAUAGUUAAUCCCAACAAUCUUCAACAUCUUAUUAGUCUUACAAUAAUAACAAUCUUAUUAUUGUUUUAUUGUAAAUGCAUGUUUACAGAUCAUUGAUUUUAAUAGGCAACAGUACUUGCAAAACAAAAAUGUGCUCUUCAAAGUCCCAUUCAGAUGGCAAAUUUGAGUAAAGGCAUUUGGGCUCUCUGUGGGCCUGUCUAUGGGGCCUGACUGACUCUGGUGUGGAGGCUGAUUGAUCCCCCUCUACAAAACCAAAAACCACUCCAAUAUGAUAUCUCAUCAUUCAUAUUCUUCACAUUCACAUUUUACAUUGGUAAAAUCAUAAUUAAGCACCAAUCAAUUUAAAGCAUGUUUGCCUAUUCAUAGUCGCCGAUGAAUCAAAUGAACCCUUAUUAAUGUUUCUGUUAAGUAGUCUAAAUAAUAUGCACACUUCACAUUACAUUAUGGAAAACAUAUUUUGUAGGCUACAUGAAUUGUAUUUAAGACAUUUUCUGCUGCAACACGAAAUGACGCAUGGGUUCGCUAAAUUACCAAAAAUCGAUAUGGAUGCAAUAACAUUAAGUUGUUCAACGCAGACGAACGGUGAAUACAGUGGUUUCACCUUUUCGCUUACAGCCUAAAAAGGUUACAUCGCGUUCGCAGAGAAAAUGACAAACGGUCAGCGCAGAGAGCUGCUGUAGGCGCUUUCCUCUCUCCCAAGACAGCACAUAAAUUAACAUUACACUGAUACAUGAAGCUAGCUCGUGACAAAACAGUUGGCAGUGGACAAUAUUAUUGGGCUACUGAUUUUAUAAUUACAGAUACCAUUAUAUAUAUAUAUUUAAACAUAUAAUUGUGUUUUAUAGAGUAGCCGGCCAGCUACACGUAGUUGACCAUUUAGCCAGCAGCUGACACUUGGGGAACACUCUUGUCAGGUGAUACAGGCAGACAAGACACUCUGACCAGAUUUAUUAGUCAUGAAACAAGAGACUGGUUACAAUACAUGAUCAGAAACUCUGGCAGUGGUACAGAAAUUAAUGGAGAGGGGUUUUAAACUGUAUUACCAAAAUUAUAUUUUUAUAAUUCCACACAAAAAAGGAAAACACUAAAUGCUAUAGUAUUGAUCAUUUGAAAACCACACUCCUUUGGGCACAAAUGUAAUAAUGCCCUUUAUUUUUUAAUUAAUUUGCAUGACCAUUCGCAUUGAACUUCCAAUCAGAAGUAAACUUGAAGUCAGUAUCAAUACUGAAGAGACACAUGCUUGCCAGACAGUUUGGAAAUAACCUACAAUGGUGGUGUAGGGCGUGGAGAAUUAAAUGCUCACCAACCCCUUCAGCUUGCUUCCUUUGUGCACAUAAAUAUUGUGCAUGUAUGUCAUAAUGCAGUGGUUUAAUAUGCACCUCCACAUUACUUGUCAGUUUGUUUAUGGUUGAUGCUAUGUUUGGUGAAUUUCUAUACAAAGGUUGAGAGUAAUUGGUUGGUUAGUGUUGGCCUGAGUCGAAUAGACUAUUUUACUGAGUCUAUUCUUAUUGUGAAAGUGUGCUUAUGCGCUUGACUGCAUGAUUCUGAACAUGCAGGAGAGUCUUUUGAACCAUGUUAACCCAAGAAUCUACAGCAAUUGUAACUAGAAAAAAUUAGGAUUCAUCAGCACAACCUAGAUGAGGAGAGGUAGAUAUAUUUUUGUAACAUGUUAUGUUUGAAUGCUUUGUAUGAAAAAAAUAACAAAAGUUUAAGUAAAACGUAAAACGGGGCAGCUUUGAUGGAUGUUUACAGUUUAGGAGGUGAUUUAAAAAUAUACAGUAUAUUGUAAUGAUUUCCCUACUUAUCAAGCCAUUUUCUCAGUUUUAAUAUUUGACAUAGUUUGAUUGCAUUAAAAAGCAGUUUUUAGGUGAUUUGGGUAAUUUUAGGUGUAUAUUGUUUCUCAUGAAUAAAUCUGAAUGCAGACAUCCAUUCCAUUUAAAAAAAGCCUUAUAUAUCAGUUGGUAGAUUAUAAAACUGCUGUGCCUGUUCUCAGUAACACAAGUUUUGUGUUGUUUAUUUGUCCUGACAAUGUCUGUGUGGAUAUUGAUUGCAAAUUGAUUUCAGAAAUAGUCAUGGAAUGUACCGGUCCAAUUUAAGUGUGGACCCUCAAAAGAGACAUGAGUUUCUUUCCAUUAGUCCUGUUUUCUUAUAAUAUGUAUUUUCAAAGUGUUAAGAUUAAGAUUGAUUUUCAUUUUAUUUUCAUAUCAAAUUUACACACAAUUGAUGUCCAUAUUUUGUGAAUAAACUCACAUUUUCACUA